UUGUGUGCGCCCCGCUCCGGGCCGGCAGCGCAGAGCAGCGCCGCGGGCCGCGGGCUGCCGCGCAGGGGACUCCUGCCCUGUUUCCAGGUCCCCUCUGCCUUGGGUCUCCAGGUGUCUCCCAUAUCUUGGUAUCCGCAGACCCCUGUCCAUGCCUCUUAGAGCCCCCUCCCCGGUGUCACUGGGUGCCCCUUAAUAGCCUUGGGACCAUAAGGAACAAAUCAGCCCCUGCGGACUCGCGCAGUGAAGAGACAGAGCUGGCGGUGGAGUGGAACUUGGAAGAGACAGAGACGACGUCAAGGAGCCUUUGCUGAGCCUCCGGAGAAGGGUGUCUGCCUCCCGGCCUCGCCGGGUCGGGCAGGGACGCCAAGCUUUGGGACCCUGAGGACCCUCCAGACAUCUCCCAUGGAUUUGUGAUUGGGGUGGGAAGCUCUCCCAGCAGUCCUGGACAGAGGCCCCACUGCCGGCGGCAUGUGGCUGUCGCGCUUCUCCAGCAUGGUGGUGACCGCGCUCCUGCUGGCGCAGUCUGGCCUCCUGCUCUUCCUGGUCUCCAGGCCCAGGCCGCUGUCCCCAGUGGGUGGCGAGCAGCGGGUGCACGUACUGGUGCUGUCCUCGUGGCGUUCAGGCUCGUCCUUCGUUGGCCAGCUCUUCAGCCAGCACCCCGAUGUCUUCUACCUGAUGGAGCCCGGGUGGCAUGUGUGGACCGCUCUGUCGCAGGGCAGCGCACCCACGCUGCACAUGGCCGUGCGCGACCUGGUGCGCUCCGUCUUCCUGUGCGACAUGGACGUGUUCGAUGCCUACCUGCCGUGGCGUCGCAACCUGUCGGACCUCUUCCAGUCGGCGGUGAGCCGCGCGCUGUGCUCGCCGCCGGCCUGCAGCGCCUUCCCGCGCGGCGCCAUCAGCAGUGAGGCCGUGUGCAAACCGCUGUGCGCGCGCCGGCCCUUCAGCGUGGCCCAGGAGGCCUGCCGCUCCUACAGCCACGUGGUGCUCAAGGAGGUGCGCUUCUUCAACCUGCAGGUGCUCUACCCGCUGCUCAACGACCCAGCGCUCAACCUGCGCAUCGUGCAUCUGGUGCGCGACCCGCGGGCGGUGCUGCGCUCGCGCGAGCAGACGGCCAAGGCGCUGGCGCGCGACAACGGCAUAGUGCUGGGCACCAACGGCACGUGGGUGGAGGCCGACCCUGGCCUGCGCGUGGUGAGCGAGGUGUGCCGCAGCCACGUGCGCAUCGCCGAGGCCGCCACGCGCAAGCCGCCGCCCUUCCUGCGGGACCGCUACCGCCUGGUGCGCUUCGAGGACCUGGCGCGCGCGCCGCUGUCCGAGAUCCGCGCGCUCUACGACUUCGCGGGCCUGAGCCUCACGGCCCAGCUUGAGGCCUGGAUCCACAACAUCACUCACGGGUCCGGGCCCGGCGCGCGCCGCGAGGCCUUCAAGACCACGUCCAGGGACGCGCUCAACGUUUCCCAGGCCUGGCGCCACGCUCUGUCCUUCAGCAAGAUCCGCCGCGUACAGGAGCUGUGUGCCGGCGCGCUGCAGCUGCUGGGCUACCGGCCCGUGUUCUCCGAGAAAGAACAGCGCAACCUCGCCCUGGAUCUGGUGCUGCCGCUCGGCCGGAGCAGCUUCAGCUGGGCGUCGUCCACUGCCGCGCAUCCCGGGCCUUAGCGGAGGCCCCCAGUUGUGGCGGUCGCCAGGGCCGGGAAACUAGAGUACGGUAGGGAGGGAGCCGGGGCACAGGGGCCGCAGGCAGCUACUGGAGGGGCCGGGAGUUGGGGAAUCCUCCCCUGUAGUAGGAAAGGACUGAGUCCCCAAACUAUAUGUUUCUUUUCCCCCUACUUCUUGACUUUCCCGUGGGUCCUCUUUAGGAGCGAGGUUCCCACCGGGCACACUUCAUAGAAAGCAAAACUCGUGCCCCCAUUUCCUCUUGGCACAGGGUAUAAGUUCAGACGACCUGGCUCCUACUCAAGCUCUUUCUUUCCCCUUAACUCUCUCCUCCCUUGGGAUGCAUCAUCCAGCAGCUGAGAAGGGUGGCCCAGUCCUGCCUGGGAGUGGAGGGGCACUAUGAUGAGCUUCUGUAAGUCGUCGUCGUCCCCCCUCCUCUC